ACACUUUCUUUAUUACUCCUUUGGACGCCGUCGAUUGCUAUUUUUCCGAAAAUAUUGUUUAGAAAAAGCUACAAUUGAGUUGAUUUCUCGAUUAAAUUAAUUGAAACAAUAUGGCAAAACAUCAUCCAGAUUUGAUUUUCUGCCGUAAACAACCAGGUGUUGCCAUCGGUCGUCUGUGCGAAAAAGAUGAUGGAAAAUGUGUGAUUUGCGAUUCAUACGUUCGUCCGUGCACAUUAGUUCGUAUUUGCGAUGAAUGCAAUUAUGGUUCAUACCAAGGUAGAUGCGUUAUUUGCGGUGGUCCCGGUGUUUCGGAUGCAUAUUAUUGCAAGGAGUGCACCAUUCUUGAAAAAGAUAGAGACGGUUGCCCAAAGAUCGUUAACCUCGGUAGUUCGAAAACAGAUUUAUUCUACGAACGCAAAAAGUAUGGAUUCAAACAAAGAUGAUGUGUGUACACCAACUGCGCCAUAUACCCUCUUAUCGAAGUUCAAUUCCUUUUUUCGCUCUCAUAAUUCCAACGUAAAUUCUAAUUUCAAUUCGAACACAAUUUUAGUAAAUCUCAUAAAAUUCAAUAGUUGAAAAUAAUGUUUAUUCAUGAAUUUUCAAAAAAAAAAAAAACAUUUGAAAAAA